AUGUUUUUUUUAAUUACAUAUAAUGCAGAUCAUGCAAAGAAAGAAUCUCCAAAGGAAGAAUUCAGUGACUGGCCCCACGGAUUGCUUGCCAUUGGUACGUUCGGCGACACCGCCGAUACGAUCCAAGUUGAUGAAAAAAAUCCACAUAAAAAUGAGAUUAUUCCACUAAAGGAAGAGGAAUAUUCGUCAGGGGAUCUUUCGGAAUUCACAGCUGAGGAAGUAGUCAAGUUACAAAAGGAGCUGACGAAACUCUUAUCGAAAAAAUCAGCAACAAAAUCCACCGACAAAAAAUCCGUUGCUAAUUUACCGUUGGAUCGGUUCCUAAACUGCCCCUCCAGCUUGGAAAUGGACAGGAUUAAUUCCAACAGAUUCAGCACUUACUCUGACAAUAGAGACGAGGAAGAAGAAAUCGAUCGGACGAUCAGGAUUAUUCUAGGAAGAUGCAAAGAUGUUUACGAAAAGAAGAAGAAGAAUAGUAACAAGACAAUCGGGAUAAAGUCGUUGUCUUUUCUCGUCAAGAAAAUGUUUGUUUGUCGAAGUGGCUUUGGACCAACGACUAGUUUUAGAGACACACUUCAAGAAUCAAGAAUGGAGAAGCUUCUUAGGACAAUGCUGACGAAGACGAUAUACACGCAGAAAUGUUCAAGAACUUCGUCGACGAAGAAAUACAUUGAGAAUUAUUACAAGCCGGAGAUGAAAGCUGAGAAAGAAGAAGAAGUAGAAGAAUCACAUGGUAUAAGUGAAGAGGGAUCUAAAUGGGACAAAACUGAUUCUGAAUUUAUUGUUCUAGAGAUUUAG